AGGAGGCGGCGAUCCCGGCGGAGGGGGCCGUUCGCCAGCUCGGAGGCAGAAAGUGCCACGACUCCACACGCGCGCACGCAGCCAGCGAGCGGCCAGAGCGGACGGCAGACGGGGCGGGCGGCGUCGGGGUCGCGGUGCCUGCAGCUGCUUGGCGGCGGCUUCUCAGUGGAGGCUCGGCCGGCUCCUCUCUCCCGGUUCCGCGGCGGCGGCGAAGGCGGCGGCUCCUGCCCUCUCGCUCUCCCUCUCGCGUCUCCGGCUGCAGGUGAAAGGGAAGCAAGCCAGAAUGGAUAUUUACGACACUCAGACCUUGGGGGUUGUGGUCUUUGGUGGAUUCAUGGUUGUUUCUGCCAUUGGCAUCUUCCUGGUGUCGACCUUCUCCAUGAAGGAAACGUCAUAUGAAGAAGCCUUAGCCAACCAGCGCAAGGAGAUGGCAAAAACUCACCACCAAAAAGUAGAGAAGAAAAAGAAGGAGAAAACAGUGGAAAAGAAAGGAAAGACCAAGAAAAAGGAAGAGAAACCCAACGGCAAGAUACCUGACCACGAGCUGGCACCCAACGUGACUGUCUUCCUUAGAGAGCCAGUGCGGGCACCUGCCAUGGCUGUGGCUCCAACCCCAGUCCAGCCUCCUGUGGUCAUUGCCCCUGUCGCCACAGUUCCAGCCAUGCCCCAGGAGAAGCAAGCCUCCUCCCCUAAGGACAAAAAGAAGAAGGAGAAAAAAGUGGCAAAAGUGGAACCAGCAGUCAGUUCUGUAGUGAAUUCCAUCCAGGUUCUUGCCUCAAGAGCCAUCUUGGAAACUGCUCCCAAGGAGGUGCCCAUGGUAGUUGUGCCGCCAGUCGGUGCCAAGGCCAGUAUCCCAGCCACCGGCAUUGCUCAGGGCAAAAAGGCCGAGGGUGCCCAGAACCAGAGCAGAAAGGCUGAGGGUGCCCAGAACCAGGGCAGAAAGGCAGAGGGUGCCCAGAACCAGGGCAAAAAGGCCGAGGGAGCCCAGAACCAGGGCAAAAAGGCCGAGGGCUCCCAGAACCAGUCCAAAAAGGCCGAGGGUGCCCAGAACCAGGGCAAAAAGGCCGAGGGAGCCCAGAACCAGGGCAAAAAGGCCGAGGUGGCCCAGAACCAGGGCAAAAAGGCUGAGGGCGCCCAGAACCAGGGCAAAAAGGCCGAGGGUGCCCAGAACCAGGGCAAAAAGGCUGAGGGAGCCCAGAACCAGGGCAAAAAGGCCGAGGGUGCCCAGAACCAGGGCAAAAAGGCCGAGGGAGCCCAGAAUCAGGGCAAAAAGGCCGAGGUGGCCCAGAACCAGGGCAAAAAGGCCGAGGGAGCCCAGAACCAGGGCAAAAAGGCCGAGGGUGCCCAGAACCAGGGCAAAAAGGCCGAGGGUGCCCAGAACCAGGGCAAAAAGGCCGAGGGAGCCCAGAACCAGGGCAAAAAGACCGAAGGAGCCCAGAACCAGGGCAAAAAGGCCGAGGGAGCCCAGAACCAGGGCAAAAAGGCCGAGGGUGCCCAGAACCAGAGCAAAAAGGCCGAGGUGGCCCAGAACCAGGGCAAAAAGGCCGAGGGUGCCCAGAACCAGGGCAAAAAGGCCGAGGGAGCCCAGAACCAGGGCAAAAAGGCUGAAGGUGCCCAGAACCAGGGCAAAAAGGCCGAGGGAGCCCAGAACCAGGGCAAAAAGGCCGAGGGUGCCCAGAAUCAGGGCAAAAAGGCCGAGGGUGCCCAGAACCAGGGCAAAAAGGUAGAUGGGGCCCAGAACCAGGGCAAAAAGGCCGAGGGGGCCCAGAACCAGAGCAAAAAGGCCGAGGGAGCCCAGAAUCAGGGCAAAAAGGCAGAGGGUGCCCAGAAUCAGGGCAAAAAGGCCGAGGGUGCCCAGAAUCAGGGCAAAAAGGCAGAGGGUGCCCAGAACCAGGGUAAAAAGGCCGAGGGGGCCCAGAACCAGGGCAAAAAGGUAGAUGGGGCCCAGAACCAGGGCAAAAAGGUCGAAGGCACCCAGAACCAGGGCAAAAAGGCUGAGGGGGCUCAGAACCAGGGCAAAAAGGCUGCUGAGGGGGCCCAGAACCAGGGCAAAAAGGCCGAAGGAACCCCAAACCAGGGCAAAAAGGCUGAGGGAACCCCAAACCAGGGUAAAAAGGCCGAGGGGGCCCAGAACCAGGGCAAAAAAGUAGAAGGUGCUCCCAACCAGGGGAAAAAGGCCGAGGGGGGUCAGAACCAGGGCAAAAAGGCUGAGGGGGGUCAGAACCAGGGCAAAAAGGCCGAAGGGGGUCAGAACCAGGGCAAAAAGGCGGAUGGGAGUCCCAACCAGGGGAAAAAGGCGGAUGGGAGUCCUAACCAAGGCAAAAAGGCAGAUGGGAGUCCUAACCAGGGCAAAAAAGCAGAGGGGACCCCCAACCAGGGCAAAAAGGCAAAUUUAGUUGCUAAUCAGGGCACAAAGGCAGAAGGUGUUACGAACCAGGGGAAAAAAGCAGAAGGGGUCCCUAGUCAAGGCAAAAGGGCAGAGGGAACACCAAACCAGGGCAAAAAGGCAGAAGGGUCCCCCAACCAAGGCAAGAAGGUGGAUGCAGCUGCUAAUCAGGGUAAAAAGAGAGAAUCAGCUCCCAUCCAGGGCAAAAAUACAGAUAUGGUUCAGAGCCAGGAGGCACCAAAGCAAGAGGCUCCUGCAAAGAAGAAGUCUGGUUCAAAGAAAAAAGCUGAUUCUGGGCCCCCAGAUUCCGACAGCCCUCUCUACCUCCCCUACAAGACGCUGGUCUCCACGGUUGGGAGCAUGGUGUUCAACGAGGGAGAGGCCCAGCGGCUCAUCGAGAUCCUGUCUGAGAAGGCUGGCAUCAUUCAGGACACCUGGCAUAAGGCCACUCAGAAGGGUGACCCUGUGGCAAUUCUGAAACGCCAGCUGGAAGAGAAGGAAAAGCUGCUGGCCACAGAGCAGGAAGACGCGGCUGUAGCCAAGAGCAAGCUCCGGGAGCUCAACAAGGAAAUGGCUGCAGAAAAAGCCAAGGCAGCAGCCGUGGAGGCCAAGGUGAAAAAGCAGCUGGUGGCACGGGAGCAGGAGAUCACAGCUGUGCAGACGCGCAUGCAGGCCAGCUACCGGGAGCAUGUGAAAGAGGUGCAGCAGCUGCAGGGCAAGAUCCGAACUCUUCAGGAGCAGCUGGAGAACGGCCCCAACACUCAGCUGGCCCGUCUGCAGCAGGAGAACUCCAUCCUGAGGGACGCCCUGAACCAGGCCACGAGCCAGGUGGAGAGCAAGCAGAACGCGGAACUGGCCAAACUCCGGCAGGAGCUCAGCAAGGUCAGCAAGGAGUUGGUGGAGAAGUCGGAGGCCGCACGGCAGGAGGAGCAGCAGCGGAAGGCUCUGGAAGCCAAGACAGCUGCCUUCGAGAAACAGGUCCUGCAGCUGCAGGCGUCGCAUAAGGAGAGCGAGGAGGCCCUGCAGAAGCGGCUGGACGAGGUCAGCCGGGAGCUCUGCCGCACACAGACCAGCCACGCCAGCCUCCGGGCGGACGCUGAGAAGGCCCAGGAGCAGCAGCAUCAGAUGGCCGAGCUGCGCAGCAAGUUACAGUCCUCUGAAGCAGAGGUGAGGAGCAAAUGUGAGGAGCUGAGUGGUCUCCACGGGCAGCUCACGGACGCCAGGGUAGAAAACUCCCAGCUCAUGGAGAGAAUCCGAUCCAUCGAGGCCCUGCUGGAGGCGGGCCAGGCUCGGGACGCCCAGGCCAGCAGAGCAGAGGCCGACCAGCAGCAGACCCGACUCAAGGACCUGGAGUCCCAAGUGUCGUGUCUGGAGAAGGAGGCCACUGAGCUCAGAGAGGCUGUGGAGCAGCAGAAAGUGAAGAACAAUGACCUCCGAGAGAAGAACUGGAAGGCCAUGGAGGCACUGGCCACGGCUGAGAGGGCCUGCGAGGAGAAGCUGCGCUCCCUGACCCAGGCCAAGGAGGAGUUGGAGAAGCAGCUUCGCCUGACUGAGACGCAGACCAGGGAGGCCCUCCUGGCUCUACUCCCCGAACUCUCUGUCUCGGCACACCAGAACUACACUGAGUGGCUGCAGGAGCUCAAAGAGAAAGGCUCUGAGCUGCUGAAGCAGCCACCAGCUACCACGGAGCCCUCCUCGGACCUGGCCUCCAAGUUAAGGGAGGCUGAGGAGACCCAGAGCACCCUGCAGGCCGAGUGUGACCAGUACCGCACCAUCCUGGGCGAGACGGAGGGCAUGCUCAAAGACCUGCAGAAGAGCGUGGAAGAGGAGGAGCAGGUGUGGAAGGCCAGAGUGGGCGCCGCAGAGGAGGAGCUGCAGAAGUCACAGGCCACAGUGAAACAUCUUGAAGAGAUUGUAGAGAAGCUAAAAGGAGAACUUGAGAGUUCAGAUCAGGUGAGGGAGCACACCUCGCAUCUGGAGGCGGAGCUGGAGAAGCACAUGGCAGCCGCCAGCGCUGAGUGCCAGAACUAUGCCAAGGAGGUGGCAGGGUUGAGGCAACUUUUAUUAGAAUCUCAAUCUCAGCUGGAUACAGCCAAGAGCGAAGCCCAGAAACAAAGUGAUGAGCUUGCCCUGGUCAGGCAGCAGUUGAGUGAGAUGAAGAGCCACGUAGAGGAUGGUGACGUAGCUGGGUCCCCGGCUGCCUCCCCAGAGGCACCCCCAGCCGAGCUGGACCCUGUCGAGGUUAGGGCGCUGAAGACGCAGCUGGAGCGGACAGAGGCUGUCCUGGAGGACGAGCAGAUGCAGAGGCACAAGCUCACGGCCGAGUUUGAGGAGGCGUCUCACUCGGACCCUGCUCCCCUCUCUGAGAAGGCUCAGACCCUGGCAUGUCGGUUACAAGAAGAACUGGAGAAGCUCCGCGCUGCUGGGCCCCUGGUGUCUUCAGAAACGGAGGAGGCCGCGCAGCUGAAGGAAAGACUAGAAAAAGAGAAAAAGUUAACGAGUGACCUGGGGCGUGCUGCCACCAAACUGCAGGAGCUUUUGAAGACAACCCAAGAGCAGUUGGCAAAGGAGAAAGACACAGUGAAAAAGUUGCAGGAACAGCUGGAAAAAACAGAGGACGGUAGCAGCUCAAAGGAGGGCACCUCUGUCUGAGUCUCCUCUGUGGAAAAAGAAGUUACUGUUCAACUUACCAAAAUGCCUUACACAUUCCUUACAAAUAAAUAACCAACCAAUACAGCGUUAUCCAGGCCCAACUUCCGGUAGCUCCAAGAGAAGCCAUUAGAGACAAGAGUCUCUUAGAGCCACAGAAAUAGAUCUUCCAGACCCCCAGUUUGUAAAAGAACCUUUGUCACAUUUGAUAAACACUAUUCCCCGGGAGCAGCCCAGGACCGCCGCUGCGCAGACGCCAAAGCCCUCGUCAACUCUGUGACGGCCCCCACGGGUGUGUGCCAGGAGCCGACGCUCUGGGGAUCUGUCAGUCAGUGCAAUUGUCUUUUUUCAGUGGGGCAGGUCCGGGAGGUGGCCGGGACCAGGUGGUAAGUUCUCAAAGGCUGUGGGGCAGACUGGAGGGCCACAGCCCAGCCCAGCAAGGCAGCAACCCCGCACCCCUCGAAGUUGCCAGCCAGAACUGACGUGUGACCUCCUGGAUGUUAAUGCCAUUAAAACCAACGUUGUUGCCCGGC